UCUCCGCAUACUGUGAUACUGUUACCAAAACUUAUAGCUUAGAAAACGUCUAAAAAUGCCACUAAAUGCUUCCAACAUUUUAAAUUUUUAACCUGAACUGAAGACUGAUCAUUAGUGGAUCACUGAAGAAAUGUGGCACUGAGCGUCUGACAGAAAAAAUUUCAAUGGCGAAUUUUCCUAAAGUGGAAACAAAAUCAGAGAAAUUAUAAAUAAUUUUUGCUUUCACAUGGCGGGGAAAGAAGGGUCUUGGCGGUCGUAUAAGCUGUUAUUAUCGGUGGUAGAAUCUGCUAUUUUGAAGAAUAGACCUGAAGCAUAUUAUGAUCUUGAUAGCAUAUUGAAAAGAUUUAAGUCGGAGCUGCUAUCACCCCUAAGAAAUCCGGCAAAAAAUGCUGCGCAUCGAGGCCAGGUUCAACAGUCAACAACAGUAGGAAUUAGUGUUAGUGAACAUGCUCAGAAGCAGAAGUUUCCUCCACAGUUUGUUGAGGAGGCGUUAUUGCUCAGCGAUAUCUUGAACAUGAAUGAAUUGGCUGCUGUUGAGCUGUUGUUGGUCAGUGAACAACAGAAAGCUAACUUUCCAGGGUAUACAAGAGGUCUAGUUGCUGUUAUUUUAUAUCAUGACGGUAGACGAUGUUUGUUAUCCGCGCUACGAACCCUAUUGCAAUCUCGUGAUGGGUUAACCUGGACCUUGGAACUUGAUGAAGAGAUGUCUGAGCUUGUUAUGCCAUUCACUAAACAAAUGAUAGAAGAAGGACUAGUUACAAAGCUGCUCAACUUACUCAAAGAACUCACUUUGCAAAACGAGUUGAAAAAACUACAAGACGGUCAGGCGAUCGGGAACGAAAAACACCAAAGACAGCUAGUUAACCUUAUAACUGAACAACGAGUUACUCCGAAUGAAGAGACUGGAGAUAUUGAUCAAGCUGAUCUGUUUGUGUUUUUUGCUCUCUUGUAUUCCCUGAAUGUCAAUAGCCUGGAAACACAGUCAGAAUUACCAAACAACAAUGAUCCAGAGUUCAUCCCACAUUUUCAUCAAGACGCCUCACAACCUGAAGGAUGGGCGUGGCCUCAGCUUGGUGCCGCAGUCCAGUUUGUUUGGGGCCUCACUUUACGAAUGUGCAGUCAGUAUGCUGCUGAUCUUGUGGCUGAAGUUGAACUCCUUGUAGAAGACGACGCUAUUGUUACCAUGGCAAUAUUGAAUGACGUGUUUGAAUUUCUUAGGAAAACAGUGGUCGGUUCUCGCAACUUUUAUGAGGAGGAGUACUUUGUUCGUCGUCUUCAUCUGUUGAUAACAAACUUUAUUGUCAACAUGCCGUUGAAGGUGAAAGAAUUGCGCACACUGGGUGAUGAGGCUGCUCGGAUUUUACAGGCGUGUGCCCAAGAGGGUCUAGCACCUCCAGUCGAUCAGCGUCAUGAUUUGAACCUUCAUUAG